GGCUUCCGGCUCGCAGCCGCCCGGUGCGCACGGAGCCGAGGCGGGAGAGUGGGGACCCGCGCGGCUCCAUGGUUCACUCCCUUUGCCGCGAGGCCCUGGCCUUCUGGGGGUUGGGAGAGGUUUUGUCCUUUCCGCCCCACGUGAACCUCGGGUUUGGCAGCCGUCUGUGGGGCCUCAGCCCGCCACAAUGCAGGGGGAGCAGAGUGGAGAUCGGUCUGCUGCCUUGGACACCUAUGAGCCGGAAUCCAGUCAAGCCUCCAGCUGCCUGUGCCAUGGAUCCCAAGGGCAGCAAUGGUUCAGGCCUCCAGGAUGAACGUAUUACAGACUUGCUGGUGUUUGGCUUCCUUCAAAACUGCUCCAACUACAAUUUCCACAAAGAGCUGCAGGUGUUGGGCCAUGACCUAUCUGUGCCAGCUUGUCUAUGGGAAAACCAUGAUGAUGAACUGCAGACUGAUGGCAGCCAGUACAGCCACUUUGUCCUGGAGAGCCGGGAGACAGAUUCUGAGAGUCAGGAUGAAAUCAUCCAGAAUAUCGCCAGGCAACUUGCCCAUAUCGGGGACAGGAUGGACCGCAGCAUCCCCCCAAGACUGGUGAAUCACCUGGCAAUACAGUUUAUGAAUGGGGACCUGUCAGAGGAAGAAAGAAGGGAGUGCCUUGCUGCUGCCCUGGAGCAGGUCAUGCACACUUAUCCUAAAGAUAUGGAGAAGGAGAAGACCAUGCUGAUGUUGACCAUGCUGUUGGCCAAAAAGGUGGCCGAUCACACACCAUCCUUGCUCCAUGAUGUCUUUCGCACAACAGUGAAUCUUAUUAAUCAGAACCUACUCACCUAUGUGAGAAACUUAGUCAGAAAUGUAAGAACCAGUGAUGUCAGCUCCUUGGCAUUUCACUAAAUCCUCUUGGUGUCUGUCUACUCCCUACAUCCAUUCCCCUUUAAGGAGAUGGACUGAAUGGAUGACUGCAAAGCGUGUCUGGUUACAGUGGUUCUCAACCUUCCUAAUGCCGCGACCCUUUAAUACAGUUCCUCAUGUUGUGACCCAACCAUAAAAUUAUUUUUGUUGCUACUUCAUAACUGUAAUUUUGCUACUGUUAUGAGUCGUAAUGUAAUUAUAUAUGUGUUUUCCGAUGGUCUUAGGUGACCCCUGUGAAAGGGUCGUUCAACUGCCAAAGGGGUUACGACCCACAGGUUGAGAACCGCUGGGUUAAAACUUGAUACAGGACAGCAGUUAGCUGCCUCUGGUGGAGAUGGAGUCGUGACCACUUAGAGUUCUUAGAGAAGACAGGCACAAGAUAACAGUUAUUUAUUUCUCACUAUUUUUAAAGGUGAUGUUUUAGGCCCGUGACCCAUUAGAAAUCUCUACAGUAACAUACUUGAAUAAAAAUGUCAAGUUGGA